GUCUAUAUAUGGUCUACAAAUUUUCUGACUGACACGCAGAUUCGCAUUAGCUUAUUCAGCUGACAGACUACUCUGACAGGAUCCUAUUCGACGCCAUGGCCGCUAAGCUCUUCAUCUUCGCUGUAGCUAUCGCAGCUGUUAAUGCUGGAUACUUGGGCUCUCCAUCCGCCCACUAUGUAACUGGCCAAGUGCAAGUGCAACCUCAUGUGUAUACUUCCACUUCUGACAACAUCCUGCGUAGUCAUGGAAACCUGGCACAGAUUGCUACCCAGUCGAAGACCAUUGAAGCUCCUCACUCCAGCGUGAGCAAGAGUGACAUCCGUGUGAGCAACCCUGGAGUAUAUUCCCAUGCUGUGCCUGUUGGUUACGCUGCACCUGCACCACAUGGAGCCCUGUUUGCUCCUGGUGCAUCUGGUUAUCCUCACGCCCCAGCAAAUUAUGCCGCUGCACCCGUCAGUUAUGGCCAUGCAGCUGCACCUGCCAGUUACGCCCCAGCAACGGCAACCUACUCCCACGCUCCUGCUGCAUAUGCACAUGCUCCUGUUACUGCUAGCUACGCCCCCGCCAUUGCUAGCCACGCCCCAGUUGUUGCUAGCCACGCCCCAGUUGUUGCUAACUACGCCCACGCACCAGCUGCUCACCAAUCACUGCUCGGUGUUGCUUAUUCUCCCGCAAGCGAAGUUGCUCAUCUGUCUUACUCCAACGUGAAUGAUCAUUUCAAUUACGCCUGGUAAAUGAGAAUAUGUCUGUGAUAAUUGCAGCAACAUUCUCAAGCGGUUUUAAUAUCAAUCGAAAGACGCAUGAGAAUUUGCAUAUACUGAUACAGUAUUAUUUUUUCAAGAGUGACCACAACGUUUUAAAUUAAUACCCACUUUUGUACAUACAUAGAUGAUAACACUUUUUUCUUGAAAAGGGAAUAAUAAAGAAUUUCGUAUGAGGAAA